AGAAUUAAAAGGUAAUUAACAUUUGCAGAAUGAAAAGAUGGCACAAGCACACCUCGCACCGCCAGGACCCGACUGCUUCUUCCGAUUCACGCGGGAGUCCCUUGCAGCAAUUGAGCAAAGGAUUGCUGACGAAGAAGCAAAACAGAAGACUGAUCAGGAGCAAAAGGAUGAGGACAGUGAGGAAAACAAGCCAAAGCCAAACAAUGACUUGGAGGCAGGGAAGACUUUGCCUUUUAUUUACGGGGAUGUCCCCUCAGGAAUGGUGUCGGAGCCCUUGGAAGACCUGGAUCCUUAUUAUGCAGAUAAAAAAACAUUUAUAGUAUUGACUAAAGGGAAGGCCAUUUACAGAUUCAACGCCACACCUGCCUUGUACAUGUUAAGUCCUUUCAGUAUACUUAGAAGAAUUUCUAUAAAGAUUUUGGUUCAUUCAUUAUUCGGCAUCUUCAUCAUGUUCACUAUUCUGACAAACUGCGUGUUUAUGACCUUGAAAGAUCCUCCUGAGUGGACAAAGUCUGUAGAAUACGCGUUCACUGGAAUUUAUACAUUUGAAUCCCUCAUUAAAAUUUUUGCAAGAGGUUUCUGUAUAGGUAGUUUUACUUUCCUCCGAGACCCCUGGAACUGGCUGGAUUUCCUUGUCAUUUCAUUUGCGUAUAUAACAGAAUUUGUAGACCUAGGCAAAGUUUCAGCUCUUCGAGCUUUCAGAGUGUUGAGAGCUUUGAAAACUAUUUCUGUAAUCCCAGGUCUGAAGACCAUUGUGGGGGCCCUAAUUCAGUCAGUGAAGAAGCUCUCAGAUGUCAUGAUCCUGACAGUGUUCUGCCUGAGUGUAUUUGCACUAAUAGGGUUGCAGCUGUUCAUGGGCCACCUGAGGCAAAAAUGUUUGCUUUGGCCCCUAAGUAACGAUUCUGCUGAAGAACCGUACUUUGCGCAAUACUACAACGCAGGAAUAAUCGACUGGGAUAAAUACAUUGGCGACACAGAACAAACAAAACAUUUUUAUACUUUGGAAGGAUCGCCGGAUCCCUUGCUUUGUGGUAACGGCACAGAUGCUGGCCAGUGCCCAGAAGGAUAUAUAUGUGUAAAAGCUGGCCGAAACCCCAACUAUGGCUACACAAGCUUUGAUACCUUCAGCUGGGCCUUCUUGUCACUCUUUCGGCUGAUGACUCAGGACUACUGGGAAAACCUGUACCAGCUGACUCUGCGUGCUGCUGGCAAAACGUACAUGAUCUUUUUUGUCCUGGUGAUUUUCCUCGGCUCUUUCUACCUGAUCAACCUGAUCCUGGCUGUUGUUGCCAUGGCCUACGAAGAGCAGAGCCAAGCCACCAUGGAAGAAGCAGUGAGGAAGGAGGCUGAAUAUCAGCAGAUGCUGGAGCAGCUGAAAAAGCAACAGGAAGAAGCCCAGGCAAUAGCAGCCGCAGCCGCUUACAAAGACUUUAAGGAUGAUGGCGCACUUGGAAGACUUUCCCAGACUUCUUCGGAAAUGUCGAGGCUGAGCUCCAAAAGCGCUAAAGAAAGAAGGAACCGGAGGAAGAAGAGACGGCAGAGAGAACUGUCUGUAGGAGACGAGAAAGCGAACGGCAAAAAGUUUCCAAAAUCUGAGUCUGAUAGCAGCAUCAAAAAGAAGGGGUUUCAGUUUUCCCUGGAAGGAAACAGGCUCACAUAUGAAAAUAGGGUCACCUCUCCAUACCAGUCAAUGCUGUUUUCCACGAGGCGGAACAGCAGAGCAAGCUUUUCCAGCGUCAGAGGCCCGACCACUGAAGGGGGCUCGGAUGCCGAUAGCGAACAGAGCACCUUCGACGACAACGGGAGCCGUAGCGGUUCCUAUUUCAUUCUACGCAGGCAUAGCGAGCGAUGCGGAAGUAACAUGAGCCAGACCAUGUUCCCUGUGUUUCCAGUGAAUGGGAAGAGGAACAGCAGUGUGGACUGCAAUGGGGUGGUAUCCUUGGUAGGAGGACCCCCGGCACUCCUGUCGCCCACUGGACAGCUUCUCCCAGAGAGCACUGCUUCUGAAGUAGAUAGCAGAAAGAGGAGGUCAAGUUCUUUUCAGAUACCAAUGGAUUUACUGGAAGAUCCUGCUAUAAGGCAAAGAGCAAUGAGUAUAGCAAGCAUAAUCACAAAUACCAUGGAAGAACUUGAAGAAUCCAGGCAGAAAUGUCCACCAUGUUGGUAUAAAUUUGCCCACAGUUACUUGAUUUGGAAUUGCUGCAAUACUUGGUUGAAAAUAAAGAAAAAUGUUCAUUUCAUUGUUAUGGAUCCGUUUGUCGAUCUUGGCAUCACCAUCUGCAUUGUCCUGAAUACAUUGUUUAUGGCCAUGGAACAUCAUCCCAUAGACGACGCCUUCAAGAAUGUUCUAUCAAAUGGAAACCUGGUCUUCACCGGGAUCUUUACCGCAGAAAUGGUCCUCAAGAUAAUAGCCAUGGAUCCUUAUUACUAUUUCCAAGAAGGCUGGAACAUUUUUGAUAGCAUCAUUGUCAGCCUGAGUUUGAUAGAGCUGGGCUUUUCAGAUGUGGAUGGAUUAUCUGUUCUACGGUCAUUCAGACUGCUUCGAGUCUUCAAGCUGGCGAAAUCUUGGCCAACUCUGAACAUGCUGAUAAAGAUUAUUGGCAACUCUGUGGGUGCUCUGGGAAAUCUGACCUUGGUCCUGGCUAUUAUUGUCUUCAUUUUUGCUGUGGUUGGCAUGCAGCUGUUUGGCAAAAGCUAUGAUAAUUGUAAGUGCAAGAUUUCAGAGGACUGCUCACUUCCACGCUGGCAUAUGAACGACUUUUUCCACUCUUUCUUGAUUGUGUUCCGAGUCCUUUGCGGAGAAUGGAUAGAAAGCAUGUGGGACUGUAUGGAAGUUGCAGGUCAAGCCAUGUGCCUCAUUGUGUUCAUGCUGGUCAUGGUGAUUGGAAACCUCGUGGUCCUGAACCUCUUUCUGGCUUUAUUAUUGAGCUCCUUCAGUUCAGACAGCCUUGCUGCUCCAGAUCAGGAUACAGAUGCGAACAACUUACAAAUUGCCAUAGCAAGGAUCCAGAGAGGAAUAGAUUAUGUAAAAAGAAAAAUAUAUGAGUUUGUGCAAAUCACCCUUUUGCAAAAAUGCAAGGCCUCCACUGGAAUCGGCUCAGCUGACGGGCAAAACGGCAAGAAAAGUGGGUGUGUCCCCAACCACACUGUAGCUGACUAUUACAAUGACAGAACCACAACUACCAUCUACGUGGACAGCGGUGAUCACAUGUCAUUCAUCAACAACCCAAACCUCACGGUGACCGUACCGAUAGCUGCAGGAGAGUCUGAUUUUGAACACCUAAAUACAGAGGAAGUUAGCAGCAUAUCCGAGCUCGAGGAAAGUAAAGAGAAAUUAAGUAUUUCCAGCACCACUGAAGGCAGCACAAUUGAUGUUGCUCCCCUGGGAGAGGAGGAAGCGGAAGAUGCAGCAGAAGACCCAUCGCAACCAAAGGCUUGCUUUACAGAAGGCUGUGUACGGAGAUUCAAAUGCUGUCAGGUCAGCAUAGAAUCUGGAAAGGGCAAAUUAUGGUGGAACCUUCGCAAAACCUGCUAUAAAAUAGUGGAACACAACUGGUUUGAAACCUUCAUUGUCUUCAUGAUCAUUCUCAGCAGUGGUGCUUUGGCUUUUGAAGAUAUAUAUAUAGAACAGCGCAAGACUAUCAAGAUUGUACUUGAAUAUGCAGAUAAGAUCUUCACAUACAUCUUCAUUCUGGAAAUGCUUCUGAAGUGGGUAGCUUAUGGGUUUCAAGCCUAUUUCACAAAUGCCUGGUGCUGGCUCGAUUUCCUGAUAGUUGAUGUUUCUAUAGUGAGUCUAAUAGCCAAUGCCUUGAACUUUGCUGAACUUGGUCCCAUUAAAUCACUUCGGACACUGAGAGCGUUGAGACCUCUGAGAGCAUUAUCACGAUUUGAAGGAAUGAGGGUGGUAGUGAAUGCUCUGGUAGGAGCCAUACCCUCCAUCAUGAACGUGCUUCUCGUGUGUCUUAUAUUCUGGCUAAUUUUCAGCAUCAUGGGCGUCAAUAUGUUUGCUGGCACGUUCUACUUUUGCAUGAAUAUUACAGAUCAGAAGAUGAUGUCACCCUUAAUAGUUGAGAAUAAAUCAGUUUGUGAAAGUAUGCCAAAUGUAUCCAGAUGGACAAAUGUUAAAGUGAACUAUGAUAACGUGGGGGCCGGAUACCUUUCUCUACUUCAAGUUGCCACCUUUAAAGGAUGGAUGGAGAUAAUGUUUGCUGCUGUGGAUUCCACAGGUUUGGAUCAACAGCCCAGAUAUGAGGCCAACCUGUACAUGUAUCUUUACUUCGUCAUCUUCAUCAUUUUUGGAUCAUUCUUCACCUUGAAUCUUUUCAUUGGUGUCAUCAUUGAUAAUUUCAACCAGCAAAAAAAGAAGAUAAGAGGACAAGACAUUUUUCUGACAGAAGAACAGAAGAAAUAUUACAAUGCAAUGAAAAAGCUGGGGUCCAAGAAACCACAGAAACCCAUACCCAGGCCAGCAAAUAAAUUCCAAGGCUGGAUUUUUGAUUUUGUAACCAAGCAAGCCUUUGACAUCGGGAUCAUGGUUCUCAUCUGUCUCAAUAUGAUCACCAUGAUGGUAGAAACAGAUAACCAGGACCCCUCUGUGGAAGACACUUUGUACUGGAUCAAUGUGAUUUUCAUCAUCCUUUUCACUGGGGAGUUUCUCCUGAAAUUGAUUGCGCUCCGCUAUUAUUAUUUCACUAUUGGUUGGAAUAUAUUUGACUUUGUGGUCGUCAUUAUCUCUAUUAUAGGCCUCUUCCUGUCAAAACUCAUUGAACAAUACUUUGUGUCGCCCACUUUGUUCCGAGUGAUCCGACUUGCCAGGAUAGGUCGCAUCCUGCGUCUCAUCAAAGGUGCUAAAGGGAUCCGCACUCUGCUUUUUGCCUUGAUGAUGUCUCUCCCUGCCUUGUUCAACAUCGGCCUCCUCCUUUUCCUGGUCAUGUUCAUCUAUGCUAUAUUUGGAAUGUCCCAGUUUGCCUAUGUGAAAAAGGAAGUUGGGGUUGAUGACAUGUUCAACUUUGAAACAUUUGCCAACAGCAUGAUCUGCCUCUUCCAAAUCACCACCUCUGGGGGCUGGGAUCGCUUGCUGGCUCCCAUUCUCAACAGCAAUGCACCAGACUGUGACCCUGAAAAAGUCCACCCAGGAAGUUCAGUGAAAGGAGACUGUGGCAAUCCUUCUGUUGGGAUUUUCUUCUUCGUCAGCUACAUUAUCAUCUCAUUUCUGGUUGUAGUCAACAUGUACAUUGCUGUCAUUCUGGAGAACUUCAGCGUUGCCACAGAAGAAAGCGCUGAGCCUUUAGGCGAAGACGAUUUUGAGAUGUUCUAUGAGGUUUGGGAAAAGUUUGAUCCGGAUGCAACCCAAUUUAUAGAGUACUGCAAACUCUUUGAUUUUGCAGCUUCUCUGGAGCCGCCUCUUUUGAUACCAAAGCCAAACCACCUCCAGCUUAUUGCAAUGGAUCUUCCCAUCGUCAGCGGCGACAGAAUUCACUGCCUUGACAUCUUGUUUGCUUUCACGAAACGUGUCUUGGGCGAAAGCGAUGAAAUGGAUGCUCUCCGUGUUCAAAUGGAAGAUCGGUUUAUGGCUGCCAACCCUUCCAAAGUCUCCUAUGAACCCAUUACAACUACUCUGAGACGGAAACUGGAGCUGGAGUCCGCUAAAGUCAUCCAGCGAUCCUAUAGGCGGUAUCGUGCCUCAAACCCGGUGCGUGAACCUUCGUUCGUAUAUGACAAAGGCAAAAACAAAUUGGACGCUGAUAAGUUGAGCUUGAACUUGCCCCUGGAAACGAGGAAGAGGAACUCCUCCACCACGUCACCGCCUUCAUAUGACAGUGUGACAAAGCCAGACAAAUACGAACAAGAAAAGUCAGAAAAAGAAGAAAAAGGCAAAGAUGACAAGGAGAGCAAAAAGUAAAAACGAAAGUGAACGUGUGAUCCUGUCUAUAGCAAAUUUGUUUACAGCAUAAGGAAGUUACCACUGAUAACUGAUAGGGAUUGUGCUGGAUGUUUAUGGCAAACUGCCUGUUUCUACAGUUAUCCAACAUAGUACACUUGCGCACCCAAGGCCAGCGUUGAACAUAAAUAAGGCAAUCGUCAUGUUAUUGUUGGCUGAAUAGUAGGGUAGCAGACUUGUGAGGACAAUGCUGUGCUUCAAACCAAGAGGCAUGGAUGAAGAUGGAAGCGCAAAAUAGCUACAAACUGUCAGGACACGUUCAUAAUUGUGUCUAUCGUAACAAAAAAAUACCCACCACUGCUGAAGUAAUUGUAUCCACUGUGUGCAUCCCAAUCGCCACAUGUGUCCUGUUUGACAAAUUUCUCUUGGUACCCCCAUUUUUCUGUUUACAAAUUGCUGUUUGAUUAUAUGUUGAGCAAAGGAGCGAGGUGUGCUCUCUCAUAUAUUUGUUUACAUUCAUUCCCUCCCUCCCCCCACCGUGCCACCCUUUAUAACUUAGGAUAUGGAUGUGAUAUUUUGGACUUUACCCAUUGUGGGUGUGGUCCAAUACAAGCAUUUAGCAGAAAACCCUGGGUCUGCUGCAAAGAGAUGGCUUUCUAAAGAAGCAUGUGGGGUAGGCGGAACAGUCAGAAGAAAGGAAGAAGUGUCAACUUUGUUAAAGGAUGCCAUUGUGUAUGUGCCAGGUUCCGUUUAGAUAUUAAGUUAAGCAUUGGCUGUGCUUGCAUAGAUGCUUAAAAAUCAAACUGUCUUUGUAGAUAUGCAGAAAAGGACAAGGUUAGUCAAAGGUUACAGCCCCCACACAAUCCAUGCAGUCCCCACAUUCUGUCUCAAGAACAAAUAAAAGCCACUGCUAAAAAUUUGUUAAUCAAAUCAAGCCCCAUGUUGGGCAAAAGAUUCCUGCAGUGCAGGAGUUUGGAGUAGAUUACCCUAGCGGUCCCUUCCAACUCUACAAUUUUGUGAUUCUAUGAAAUAAAUUCAAAUCCUGAUCUGGCCUACCUUUAGUCUAUUCCAGAGAGCUCCAUGGUGAGAAAAGAAACGGGAGGGCGAACAAUUCAAACUUCCAGUAUGAAAAGAAAAGCUCAGAGGGACUCCUCGGAACAACCGACAGGUGCUCAGCUCCUCAACACACAAGGAAUGAAAAGGGGCAGUGAGGAGGAGAUGCAAGGCAGGAAAAAAAGCCCAAGUGGUAAGCAGAAGCUGAGAAUAGCAUCAGACAAUACUUGGCAGGCUGGAGAGGAGGCACACACAUCUUUGCAAAGGUCCGCUCCAGGCAGAAGUAGCCUAUGACGUGGUUCUCCAGGGAGAGCCACCAGCUGCUACAGGGGUGCAACCCUCACCCAUAAUCCCUAGGGUGAAACUUGAGGCAUUGCAACCAACACCAUAAAGGCAUGUGCUCUCUGAUUUUGGUGGGGCUGCUAGACUGCAA